UGUCACGGUCUGUGAUGGGUCCAAAGCCUGUCUGUCACGGUCUGUGACGGUUAAUUAGCUAAUUAAAUACUAAUUAAUCAAUUAAUUAAUUAAAUACUAAUUAAUCAAUUAAUUAAUUAAAUACUAAUUAAUUAAUUAAGAUGUCUGUCACGGUCUGUGAUGGGUCACGUGAGAGUCUGUCACGGUCUGUGAUGGGUCACGUGAGUGUCUGUGUCCAAAUUUCUACCCUUAAACACUUCAACACUCCUUUCAGAUCGUGUUUCACAAAAUACAUUAGUAAGUUAAUUUUAAAUUAAUUGUAUUAUAUUUUAUAAUAAAAUAUUAUAAGAUAAAAAGUAUAUUAUUAAAUUGGUUUUUGAUAAGAUUAUAUAAUUACUUAAAAUAAAUAUGUCUCAGUUUGUAUUUUUAUUUAAUUCAAAAGAAAAAAAAAAUAUUUUGAAAUCUUUCUUUUUGUUUUUUCUGUUCAUUUAAUGUAGUCAAGAUUAAAUUAAUAUGAAUAUUUUGAUAAAUAAAUUAAUAAAAGAAUCAAAUAAAAUAAAUUUUUAGAUAUGAACAUUUUGAUAAUAAUAGAUAUAAAUUAUUCUUUUUGAUUUAUUUAAUUAAAAACAAAUUUUGAAAUUAAGAUUUUUAAUAAAGAUUAUUUAUUUCAUAUAUUUAUAUAAAUAUUUAUUUUAUUAUUUAGAAUGUUUUCACAAGAUCUAAUCGAUUAAUGUUACAACAUCGACGACGAAUAAAUAAUCAUUCACAAGUUUUAUCUGAUGAAAAACUUGAAGAUCUUUGUUCAUCAAAUUCAUCAUCAUUUAAAUUAAUGAAGAUUAUUCGCGAUGGAUAUGAAAGUUUAUUAUUUGAACGAGAACAUGUUAUUCGUGAAACAUCUGCUCUUUGUGAAGCAAUUAAAGAAUUAUGUGAUAUGAAAGAUAAACAAUAUCUUGAAUAUAAACGUCAGAUAAUGUUCUACGAGGGAACAUUACAUGCUCGUGGUAUGAUGGGAGAAUUUAUUGGCUAUUUACAAGGUAUGAUACAAUCAUCAAAUAAUCAUACAAGAAUUUCAAGAAAAAAAUUAUUUGAAAAAAUAAUGGAAAUAGGUCUUAAUUCAUCAAAAACAAAUUCUGUUAUUAGCCACAAUUUAUCCGAUGAUGAAAAAAAAAACAAAUCAAAUGAAUUAAUAAAUGAAUUAGAACAGGCUUAUUUGGUAUUAUCCGAAUCAGUACAUGGUACAAGAAAAUGGAAAAAUAACGAUGAAUUGACUAUUUGUUCAAAUAAUUUAAAUGAUCAUCAAAUAUGUUUAUUAAAACGUAUUGGAAUACGUUUUCUCGUAGUUGAUGAAAACAAAAUUAAAGUUGAAAAAUAUUAA